GUUCCGCUGGUUAAUGUGUUCGCGGCGAGGGACUCCGGGCGCGGCCUGUUUGUCUCCUGUAGCUUCGGCAACGCGGCUCAGGCACCCGCUACAACCCGGCUGUUGCCUGAACAUGGAUUCCGCUGGCCAAGACAUCAAUCUGAAUUCUCCUAACAAAGGUCUGCUGUCUGACUCCAUGACUGAUGUCCCUGUCGACACAGCUGUGGCUGCCCGGACUCUUGCUGAUGAAGGCCUAACGGAGGCUGAGGAAGAGGAACUCAGGGCUGAGCUCACCAAGGUGGAAGAGGAAAUUGUCACCCUGCGCCAGGUCCUGGCAGCGAAGGAGAGGCACUGUGGUGAGCUCAGAAGGAGGCUGGGCCUCUCCACAUUGGGGGGUCUGAAGCAGAAUCUGUCCAGGAGCUGGCAUGAUGUGCAGGUCUCCAACGCCUAUGUGAAAACUUCUGAGAAACUUGGAGAGUGGAAUGAGAAAGUGACCCAGUCGGACCUCUACAAGAAGACUCAGGAGACACUCUCGCAGGCAGGACAGAAGACUUCAGCUGCCCUUUCUACUGUGGGCUCUGCCAUCAGCAGGAAGCUGGGAGACAUGAGGGCUCAUCCAUUCUCACACUCCUUUAGCAGCUACUCCAUCCGCCACUCCAUAAGCAUGCCAGCCAUGAGGAACUCUGCAGCUUUCAAGUCAUUCGAAGACCGAGUCGGGACCAUGAAGUCUAAGGUUGUGGGUGACAGAGAGAACAGCAGUGACAAUCUUCCCUCCCCAGCGGGGAGUGGCGACCAGACCCUGUCAGAUCACGCGCCUUUCUAAGCCCACGCUGGUCUCACCCGGCCACAAAGCAAGUGCGUGCACGCUCUCCUCUUCAUAGCCAAGGCUCUGCGCUGCACGAUGGAGCGGCCAGCCUGGGCAAGUGGACAGAACUGGCUGGAAGACAAUUGUGCCCGUUCACACAGAGAUGUGGCUGCUGCGUUCGCAUGAUUUAGAGAUCACAGUCUUGUACACAGAUGUUUUACACUAAAGUUCGUAGAUGAAACACAUCACUGUGCCAUCCUUCCUGGGCUGCAGGAGGUGGACAGGGUGGAGGAUUUGGAGGGUGUUAAGCCAAAGCCCAGACUCUCUCCAGCCUCUGUUAGCUCAUCAGAAUGUCGAAGGGUUAAAGAGUCAUUUCUACAAAGUGGCAUUUUCUUACCUUCUCCUCCUCCCCUGACUCACAGAGGUAAUAUAGUCACCCAGAAAGCCACCCACCUGAUCUGAAAUGUUUGAUCUCAAAAUGCUGAAUGAAGAAACUGUUCCUUUUCUGAGACACCCCCCUCCCCGAAAGGAAACUGAUUAUCACAGCAGCUACCCGGUUGUUACACUGAGCUAGCUUUGACAAGAGCAAAUUCAUUAUUUUUUAAAUGCAGUGGACUUUUCAAAAUUAAAAUUAGAUAAAUAACUUUAGCCUCAUAGCUAGAGAAUAUUAUUUCUUUUGACUCAAGCUGAAAUACAGGCCUUACAUUGCCUUAUGCUUUCUUUG